CCACGUCGGGUUAUAUUUUUGGACGUUCUGCCUCUGCCUCCUUGCUUGGUCUGGGCCGCUCAACGGUCAGCUUCACACCUCCUAAGGUUUGAAUACAGCUAACUCUGCACCUCUGACAAAUGCAGAUAUUCAUGUUUGCGAAAGACUCAUAAAUGACAGAAGUAGACAAAGGGUGGACGGCUCUUGCACAAUGCGGGAAUCUGUGAAUUUGCUAACUUUAACCCCUGAACACAGUGUACCAGGCUGGGUGAGUUACUAAGCAUAUAGACUUAACAGAGAAACACCAGUUAAUGGAAUCUAGAGUGGAUGAAUACAUCUCAGUAUUUGGCAGAAACCGAGACAGAAGAAUCAGCAAGCUGCAGUAUUGAACAAUGAAGUUCUUGGUGUUGGCUUUAACCGUUGCUCUGCUGUUUACAGCUGGUGACACUCUUGACUGCCACCGCUGUGUCUCCAAACAGGCCGGAGGAGCCUGUGAUCUCAGUGUAGAGACGUGUAAACCAGGGAAGGAUGCCUGCGCUGCUGCCAGCUUCCUCACACCCCCACAUGGCCAAUACCAGAAAUGCAUGGCUCUUGGAGACUGUGAAAUGCUGAAGAUGAACUCCUACAUCGAUAUCAACUGCUGUAUCGAAGACAUGUGCAACACCUUAUAAAAAUGUAAUGUUUGGCUUUGAGCAAGGCACCUAAAGGCAGUGAAUCCUGCCAACAGUUGAAAGUUGCUCCAAUUUGUGAAUGCAUGGGUUCAAAGCGGCUACUUUGAGAAGAACAAAACGUUUGUUCUAUCAACCUGUUCCCUUGAAAAAUAAACAUGUUUGACAAGGAU